AGAGAGAAGAAGAAGAAGAAAAGGGGAAAGGAAAGAGGGAAAGGGUGAUAGUUCCUUUGACAUUAAGAGACUUAACAAGGACAGAAAGGAAUUCCAACUAGAUCUUUUUAAGGCUUUUGUAAAAGAAAAUAUAAAAAAAAUUAAGGAUGCCAAACUUUGCAGGUACCUGGAAAAUGAAGAGCAGUGAAAAUUUUGAAGAGCUACUCAAAGCUCUCGGGGUGAAUGCCAUGCUGAGGAAGGUGGCCUGUGCAGCUGCCUCCAAGCCCCUGGUGGAGAUCCGUCAGAAUGGGGAGCAGUUCUACAUAAAGACCUCUACAACUGUCAGGACCACCGAGAUCAACUUUAAGAUCGGUGAGGAAUUCAACGAGGAGACUGUAGAUGGACGGAAAUGCAAGAGCCUGGCUACAUGGGAGACAGAGAACAAGAUUGCCUGCAGGCAGACCCUGCUGGAUGGAAAUGGCCCAAAGACCUUCUGGAGCCGGGAACUUCGGGGCGACGAGCUGAUCCUGAUUUUUGGAGCUGAUGAUGUAGUGUGCACAAGGAUUUACAUACGGGAAUAAGAUUCACGACGAACAGAUGACGGAAUCAUCCAACACUUGUCAACUUGCAGGAGUGACACUUCACUCCUACUUUACAUUACAGGGUUUUUUAUUUUUGUUUUUGCUUUUGUUUUUUUAAACUAUUUGUAGUUUCCUGUGAGAUUAUUUUGUUACACAUUCCUGGUCAUGUAACUAAUAGGUUUUCAUCGUAUAGAGCAACAGACAACUGCGCAAAGUAGAAUGUAACAAGGUUAAUCUAUUCAUACUAAAACCUGUCAGAUAGUCUUCACCUCAUUUCUGCUUUGAUGUUUAAUUGCUUUGUACUUGUUUAACCAAAACUACAAGAUUAUCGUGGAUAAUAAAGAUCCAUAUAGAGA